AUGAGUACCGAAACCAACAACAACUACAAAUACUCGCCCGUCUGCGUGACGGGAGCCAACGGGUUCAUCGGGUCGUGGAUAGUCCGAACCCUCCUCGAAUCGGGCUACACCCGAAUCCACGCCGCCAUCUACCCUGGCUCCGACGCCACCCACCUCUUCCAACUCCCCGGCGCCGCCACCGACCACCGCCUCACGAUCUUCGAGGCCGACCUCCUCGACCAGCCGGCGCUAUCAAAGGCAAUCGCCGGCUGCCGCGGCCUCUUCCACGUCGCUUCCCCUUGCUCCCUCGAAGACCCCGCCGAUCCCGACCGCGAUCUCCUCCUCCCCGCCGUCCAGGGCACCCUCAACGCCCUUCAAGCCGCCGUCGAUUCGAAUCUCACCCGCGUCGUCCUCACGUCGUCGAUCUCCGCCUUCGUUCCGAACCCUAAUUGGCCCUCCGGCAAAGUCUUCGACGAAUCCUCGUGGACCGAUUUCGACUACUGCAAGUCCCGAAAGAAAUGGUAUCCGGUGUCGAAGACGCUGGCGGAGAGAGCUGCCUGGGAGUUUGCGGAGAAGAAUGGGAUCGAUUUGGUUGCGAUCCAUCCGGCGACGUGCUUGGGGCCAUUGUUGCAGCCGGGAUUGAAUGCAAGCACCGCUGUGUUGAAGCAGCUGCUGGAAGGAGCUAGAGACACACAGGAGUAUCACUGGUUGGGAGCUGUUCAUGUUAGAGAUGUGGCCAAGGCACAGGUUUUGCUCUAUGAGACUCCUGCGGCUUCUGGUAGAUACCUCUGCACCAAUGGCAUCUACCAAUUUCGAGACUUUGCUGACAGGGUUUCCAAGCUUUUCCCUGAAUUCCCUGUUUACAGGUUCACUGAAGAGACCCAGCCUGGUCUGGUUGAAUGUGAUGGUGCUGCUAAGAGACUGAUUGAUCUGGGGCUGGAGUUCACCCCGGUGGAAGAUGCUGUUCGAGAAACGGUCGAAAGUCUGAGAGCUAGAGGCUUGAUUGCUGUACCAACUCAGUCUUAG